ACCAAGUUCCAGUUGCAGCAUAGGACAGCCAUUCACCAACAGCAAAGCAGGAAUCAGCAUUUCUAUAGAGGACACUGAUGAGAGUGGAGGAAACACAGUUCAGCUUGACAGUAGUUCCUCCAGUGAGGAUGAGGAUGAAGGUGAGGAAGGGACGCCAGGAACAGGAAUCAGCAUUGGGGUUCAAGAGGACCUGAAGAGGAUACGAAGUGCGUCGGACUCACUAGUGUGUGAGACAUCCAUUGUGACUGAAGACACAGACAGUUUGCAGCCCACAAUGUGGCUUGGAACAGAGGAUGGCUGUAUCCAUGUGUAUAAUUGCAGUGACAACAUUCGCAUUAAGAAGAACAAGGUGAAAAUACAGCAUGGAUCAUCUGUUCACAGCAUCAUUUAUCUAGAUAACAGAGUAUUUGUCUCUUUGGCAAAUGGUGACAUCACCGUGUAUGUGCGAGACCAUAAUGGUGGCUGGAAUACAACAGACCCAUUUACAGUGUCAGUGGGGACUGCAGCGACUCCAGUCACAAGGAUGCUGCCAAUAGCAGGCAAACUGUGGUGUGGCUGUCAUAAUGCUAUUAAGAUACUCAACACUGCUUCAUUGGAAGUGGAGCAUUCAUUCCAAGUGAACUCAGACAGUAGUCGAGCUGUGACGUGCAUGGCCCUGUCGGGUCUGGGUGUAUGGAUCUCCCUGCAGAACUCUGCAGUCAUUAGGCUGUUCCACAUGAUGUCAUAUGAGUCGUUGUGUGAUGUGAAUGUGGCACCUGCUGUUACUAAAAUGUUAGCCAGCUGUGAUGACAUAAUUCGACAGCACAAGGCAGCAUGUCUUCGUGUGACAUCACUUCUUGCCUGCAAGGAUCUGCUCUGGAUUGGUACGAGCGCUGGAGUUAUUCUGACAAUGCCACUGCCCCACAUUGCUCCUACCACAACCAAGCUGUCCAGUGUACCCAGUGCUACAGGUAACAUAAAAUAUUGUCACAUAUUUAAUUAUUGGACAAAGGGUUUGGGUUGGUAA